AUGGCACUACCUGAUCUCAAACGGAAACGGACCCAAAGUCUUUCCAAAUCAGAGCGCACUCUGGAAGUGUGUCUGAAAGACGGUUCAGCCCUUGUUAUAACUGCAAAUAAACGGCCACGGCUACUGCGAAUCGAAAUACCCUCGAACUUAAAUUCAGGACUUGUCUCGUCGGAGACCAACAAUGGAGAAGACCACGAUGAUAUGCAUUCUCUGUUUUCUAGCUCCGAUUCCGGUUCAUUAUUUAACGACUUAUUAGACGAAGAACGAUAUUCUUCACCGCGUAUCUCUAUCGAUUUGGAUGAAGAUAAAUUAAUGGCACACAGAAAUGGCCCGCCAAUUCAAGGUCUUUACUUUGAUCCCUCGGUCAUUCUUCCCGUGGAGCUCGCCGACGAGGUCGUGUCUUUCUGUAUGAAGACAUAUUUCACAUCACCUGCAGAUAACCAGGUGAUGCUUUUUGGGCGCUUUCUGCCUCCGAAGGAGACCCUGGCAUCCAGUAGUUCAGGUCUUCCUCCUAUUUUAUUGGAGCUUUUGGACCAGAUAUCCUCGUUGCUUCGACCUGUCGUACCUCCUGAUACCUACGAUGUCCUAUUCCCAGCUUGCCCAACAAGAGCCCGACAAGCUAUUAUAAAUUUGUAUCAGCCAGGGGAGGGCAUAACUCCUCACGUUGACCUCCUCGGGCGGUAUGGCGAUGGAAUUAUUGGAGUCAGCUUUUCAAGCGGCUCAGUCAUGCGUUUCGACAAAGUUGAUCCCCAACAAAACGACUCUUGCACACGUUGGGAUCUUUAUCUGCCUGAAAGAAGUCUGAUUGUUCUCUCCGAAGAUGCGCGGUAUUGCUGGACGCAUGGAAUUGAUAAGAAACGGAGGGAUUUUGUUGCUACCGCCUCCGCUUCAGAGAGUCUAGAGCCUGCCGGCACCUGGAUCGACCGCAGAACUCGGAUGAGUGUUACCUUUAGGUGGCUACUCCCCGAUGCUGACGUUGUUGGCGAUGGUUAG